CUCAGGCUAGGGCGACUGAACCAGCGAGCCUGCGCACGUGCACAGGCUACCGAGAGGGGCUCGCCAGCUGGGAGGGGGGGGCGCUGAGGGCACCUACGAGCCCAGCAGCGGCGGCGGACCAGACAGUGCGGCGGAGCCUGCGAUCCCUGCCUGGGCCUCCUGGGCUCAGAGCAGGCAGUAGGGGCGGCAGCGGGGGCGGGCUCGGCCAAAGCUGGCUCCUUGGAGGGCCGGCCUGGAAGCUUCAGCCCUGCGGAGCCCGGGCUGCGGGGUACAGGCCUCUGCCAAUCCUCCGUGUGCCCUCAGGGAUGGGUAAAGCCCGCUGGGCGCGCGCUACUUCCCCGGGGCCGUCGUCUCACUAGGGCCCCCUGGUGGCGCUAGGAUGCACCUGUCGGCGGUGCUCAACGCCCUCCUGGUGUCAGUGCUGGCGGCCGUCCUGUGGAAGCACGUGCGGCUGCGCGAGCAUGCGGCCUCCCUGGAGGAGGAGCUGGCCCUCGGCCGCCAGGCCCCCGAACCUGCCCCAGCGCUGAGGAUUGACUACCCGAAGGCGCUGCAGAUCCUGAUGGAGGGCGGCACGCACAUGGUGUGCACGGGGCGCACGCACACCGACCGCCUCUGCCGCUUCAAGUGGCUCUGCUACUCCAGCGAGGCCGAGGAGUUCAUCUUCUUCCACGGUAACGCCUCGGUUAUGCUUCCCAGCCUGGGCUCCCGGCGCUUCCAGCCCGCCCUGCUCGACUUGUCCACGGUGGAGGACCACAACACCCAGUACUUCAACUUCGUGGAGCUGCCGGCCGCUGCCCUGCGCUUCAUGCCCAAGCCGGUGUUCGUGCCCGACGUGGCCCUCAUCGCCAACCGCUUCAACCCCGACAACCUCAUGCACGUCUUCCACGAUGACCUGCUGCCCCUCUUCUACACCCUGCGGCAGUUUCCAGGCUUGGCCCACGAGGCCCGGCUCUUCUUCAUGGAGGGCUGGGGUGAGGGCGCGCACUUCGACCUCUAUAAGCUUCUCAGCCCCAAGCAGCCCCUCCUGCGGGCGCAGCUGAAGGCCCUGGGCCGGCUGCUGUGCUUCUCCCAUGCCUUCGUGGGCCUCUCCAAGGUCACCACGUGGUACCAGUACGGCUUCGUCCAGCCCCAGGGCCCAAAGGCCAACAUCCUUGUCUCAGGCAACGAGAUCCGGCAGUUUGCGCGGUUCCUGACGGAAAAGCUGAACGUGAGCCACGCAGGAGGUGCCCUGCGCGAGGAGUACAUCCUGGUCUUCAGCCGCACCCAGAACAGACUCAUCCUGAAUGAGGCGGAGCUGCUGCUGGCACUGGCCCAGGAGUUCCAGAUGAAAACGGUGACCGUGUCCCUGGAGGACCAUGCCUUUGCAGAUGUCGUGCGGCUGAUCAGCAAUGCUUCCAUGCUGGUCAGCAUGCACGGGGCCCAACUGGUCACUGCCCUCUUCCUGCCCCGCGGGGCAGCCGUGGUGGAACUUUUUCCAUACGCCGUCAACCCUGACCACUACACCCCCUAUAAGACACUGGCCACGCUGCCCGGCAUGGACCUUCAGUACAUAGCCUGGCGGAAUACGAUGCCAGAGAACACGGUCACACACCCAGAGCGGCCCUGGGACCAGGGGGGCAUCACCCACCUAGACAGGGCUGAGCAGGCCCGGAUCCUGCAAAGCCAGGAGGUCCCGCGGCACCUCUGUUGCCGGAACCCAGAGUGGCUCUUCCGCAUCUACCAGGACACCAAGGUGGACAUCCCAUCCCUCAUUCAAACCAUACGGCGCGUGGUGAAGGGCCGGCCCGGGCCUCGGAAGCAGAAGUGGACCGUCAGCCUGUACCCCGGCAAGGUACGGGAAGCAAGGUGCCAGGCGUCGGUACAGGGCGCCUCCGAGGCCCGCCUCACCGUCUCCUGGCAGAUCCCAUGGAACCUCAGGUACCUGAAGGUGCGGGAGGUGAAGUACGAGGUGUGGCUCCAGGAACAGGGGGAGAACACCUAUGUGCCUUACAUCCUGGCCCUGCAGAACCACACCUUCACCGAGAACAUCAAGCCCUUCACCACCUACCUGGUGUGGGUCCGCUGCAUCUUCAACAAGACCCUCCUGGGACCCUUUGCAGAUGUGCUUGUGUGCAACACGUAGCAAGCAGGCCGGCCAGGCUCCUCCAGCUCGGGGUCCCUGGGUCUGCUCGCCACUUGGGUGGCUUCUGGGAAUUAUUUAUUGAGCAGGCUUGGGCCUCCAGAUCAUCUUACUGCAUCUGAGGUGUGGGGUUCUUGGCGCACCUCUUUGCACAGAUGCCAUGGGACCUCCCUACUCCCUUCUCCCAUCCUGAGCAUCCAUAUUCUGGAGAAGGUCCUUAUGCGGAGGAGGAAGAGGAGAGUAAGAAUCUCACCGAACCUUUUUAGCUAAGUGAUCAUGCUGUUCCCUACAGUCUUUCUGGUUGGUACCCAGGUUUCUGGAAACUACAAAUAAUCAUGUGGUUGUUUGGGUGAGUGGUUCCUCAGCUUCCAUCAUCAUGAAAUUCACCUUGUAGCCUAGUGAAGGGUGUUUGGAACAUUCAUUAAAUGAUGAUAACAUCUUGA